AUGGUUUCCUUUGACCAGAAUGGGGAGAUAGUAGCCGGAUUUGAUGUCUACAACUGGAUUGUUUUUUCAAACCAAUCCUUUAAAAGAGUGAAAGUGGGGAAGAUGGACCCCCAGGCUCCUCCAGACCAAGCAUUCACUAUCAAGGAGGAUGCCAUAACAUGGCAUAACUGGUUUAACCAGACACAGCCUAACUCUGUAUGUACCGAUAGUUGCCUUCCUGGUUCUAGCAAGAAAGUGAAACAAGGAGAGCCAUUUUGCUGCUAUGACUGCACACCUUGUCCACAAGGGAAGAUUUCAGGCGAGGAGGACAUGAAUGACUGCUAUGAAUGUGAAGAUGAAAAGUAUCCAAACAAACAUCGGAAUUUAUGUAUUCCCAAAGAUAGAACUUUCUUGUCUUAUGAAGAACCUUUGGGAAUCAGUUUAGCCUCUUUUGCUUUUUUCUUUGCUUUCAUUACGGCACUGGUACUAGAAAUAUUUGUGAAGCACAGGGACACUCCUGUUGUGAAAGCCAACAACCGGGACCUCACCUACGCUCUGCUCAUCUCCCUCCUGCUUUGCUUCCUUUCUGCAUUACUGUUCAUCGGAUAUCCGUACAAGGUGGCAUGUCUCCUCCGACAAACUGCUUUUGGCAUCAUCUUCUCAGUGGCUGUUUCUUGUGUGCUGGCAAAAACCAUCACUGUGGUUCUGGCUUUCAUGGCCACAAAACCAGGAUCCAGGAUGAGGAAGUGGGUGGGGAAGGGACUGGCAAACUCUAUUGUCCUCUCCUGUUCCCUUAUCCAAGCACUCAUCUGCACUCUGUGGCUGGUGAUCUCUCCUCCAUUCCCUAAUGCUGAUAUGAAGUCAGUGGUUGAAGAAAUUGUACUGGAGUGCAAUGAGGGGACGGUGACCUUCUUUUACUGUGUCUUGGGCUACAUGGGCUUCCUAGCUAUUGUCAGUUUAACUGUGGCCUUCCUUGCCCGGAAAUUACCUGACAGUUUCAAUGAAGCCAAGUUCAUCACUUUCAGCAUGUUGGUCUUUUGCAGUGUUUGGUUAUCCUUUGUUCCUACCUACUUGAGCACAAAGGGGAAAUACAUGGUGGCUGUGGAGAUCUUCUCUAUCUUAGCCUCCAGUGCUGGCUUGUUGGGUUGCAUCUUUUCUCCCAAAUGUUACAUUAUUUUGCUGAGACCUGAACUGAAUGAUAGGGAUCUUUUAAUUAGAAGGAAGUCUUGA